CACUGGGAGGCAGAAUGAAAAUGACAGAUGACUUUCAAACCUUUCUUCGAAUAAAAAUCUGAACUUGUGAUAGACAUGUUAUUUAUCAAACAGACAAAAGACCUUCUUCCUGCAGAAGAGGAAAAACUAGCUGAAAAACAUUGAAAUCAAAGAAGAACCAAUUUGAACAUGAAAAGACAAAAGCUUAAAGUACUUCUUGAUUCUGAGAUCAUACAGGUUGCUAUAUAUUAGAAAGUUAAAGUAAUUUGUUGACAAGCGUUGAUCUGUUGACAUUGCAACAAGUUACUUCCUGGUUGAACGAGCCGAAUGUUUUGAUACCAAAAUUGUUGAAAUCGGUUAAAGUAUGCGGGAGUAGUUAGACACCCAUGGACAGUGUUGGGGGGUAAUGGGCCUUUCAGAUAGGAAGCGAUUUGCGCUGCGCUGGCCGCGGGGUUCAGCGCAUUUGCGCUGCGCCAGCUGGGUUGCCGGGUCUAGUCAUUUGUUUGUUGUUCCAGCUUUUGGUCAGCAGCAAAUAUUUAUCUGACCCGUGCUAAGAAGCAAGCGCUAGCACUAGCCCUGCUAGUUCGAAGAAAAAGAGCAGCAAGGAAGAAGAGGCUGUGGGUGCACGAAACCCUCAGGUCCAGAGAGCAGCUUGGGGAGUUCCGGCUUGUGAAAGAGCUCCGUUUUGACAGCGACCGGUUCCAGGUCUACUUUCGGCUCAGUAUGGAGCAGUUUGAGAGUUUGCUGGGGAGAGUCGGACCAAGGAUCUCAAGGAUCCAUACAAAUUACCAGGAGCCAAUUUUUUCUAGGGAGCGUCUGGCAAUUUGUCUGAGAUACCUUGCAACUGGGGACUCCUACACCACCAUCGCUUCUAGCUACAGAAUGGGCAUCUCCACUGUGGCAGACAUUGUGCCAGAUGUGUCCAAGGCCAUUUGGGACAGCCUGGUGGAUGAAUUUCUGCCUGUACCAAAGGUUGCUGAUUGGCAUGAGAUUGUUCUGGGCCUCCAAGAGAGGUGGAACUUCCCCAACUGUGUGGGAGCAAUAGAUGGGAAACAUUUGGUAAUCCAGGCACCACAUGAUUUAGGUUCCCAGUAUUUCAACUACAAGGGAACAUACUCUGUUGUACUUCCGGCAGUUGUGGAUGCAAGGUAUCUUUUUAGGGUGGUGGAUGUUGGAGCUUUUGGCCAGAACAGUGAAGGAGGGACCCUUGCUGCUUCCACCUUUGGAGAAGCCCUGCGAGAAGAGAAGCUGCAUCUCCCAGAAGAUGCUCCCCUUCCAGGCGCCAAUCACCUGGGGCCCAUGCCUCAUGUCUUUGUGGGAGAUGAGGCUUUCCCCCUAAGGAGGAAUGUGCUGAGGCCAUAUCCUGGAAGAAACCUCUCCCAACCAAAGAGGAUGUUCAACUACCGCCUAUCAAGAGCGAGACGAGUAGUUGAGAAUGCCUUUGGGAUUCUUGCUGCACAGUGGAGAAUCUACCACCGGGUGAUUGGAGUGAGCCCUGAAAAUGUGGAUGCUGUUGUGAAAGCUACAGUGGCCCUUCACAACUUCCAGAGGUGGAACUCCACAGCUGAAAAUCCUGUCCCACUGGAAGAACGUGACAUCCCUGCACUUUAACAAACAAGGAGAGCGGGCGCCAACAACGCCACCCAAGAGGCUGUGGCUGUCCGGGAAGCAUUCAACAGUUACUUCUCCUCCACCGUUGGUGAAGUGCCCUGGCAAUACAACGUAGCCUGACGUGCCCACCUCUCACCUGUCAACCCUCUGCUACUCUUCCUCAUCAUAAAACAAAGGCUCUUUUAAGAGCCACUCACUUAUUCUUUAAAGGGCUGAUUUCCAUAAAAAUAUUUAUUCCAGCAU